CUGCGCGCCACGCAGGCCGGCCUGAAGGGCGAGAAGAAGGGGGAAAGCGACGCCGCCGCCACAGCUGCUGGCUCGAGAGGUGGGGUGCAUGAGGAGUGGAGUUGGAAGGAUCGCACGAUGCAGGAGGAGCAAGAGCCGCACACGAUCACAUUCCAACCUUCUGCAUGUGCUCCCUCUCGCACUUCCCCCAUACGCCGCUCACGCCUCUUCCGUCCCGGAGGGGCUGCAAGCAAUGAUGGUGGUGGGCAGCAGCAUUCCCAUAGCAGACUCGGAUCUACACAAAGCUCUCGUCGCUUCCAUCGGUCCCACCCCUCAGACACUCCCAAUUCUAUCGCUCGCAUGCAGGAUGCGCAGAAAGAUAGCAAGAACCGUCGCUCUUGUCCCUCGUUGCUCAUGUCCCUCCCAUCGCGUUUGUCCCUCCCGUCGCUCCCGUCCCUUUUCCAUCCCGUCGCUCACCGCUUUCCCUUUCCGUCGCCCACGCUCUUCCAUCCCGUCGCUCACCGCUUUCCCUUUCCGUCGCCCACGCUCUUCCAUCCCGUCGCUCACCGCUUUCUCUUCCCAUCGCCCACGUUUUUCCUUUCGUUCCCCCUCGCAUUCCCUUCCCGUCUUUCCCGCUCCUCCCGUCGCUCCCGCUCCCGCUCCUCCCGUCGUUCCCGCUCCUCCCGUCGCUCCCGCUCCCGCUCCUCCCUUCGCUCCCGCUCCUCCCGUCGCUUCCGUCGCUCACGUCGCUCACGUUGCUCCCGUCGCUCUCUUCCCUUCGGUCCCUCCCGUCCCUCUCCGCCUCUCGCCUUCCUUCCCUCUUCGCCUCUCCUUUUUCCCUACACAGUUCUACCCUUCCCUACACAGUUCUACCCUCCGCCUCUCGCCUCUGCACUGCGUCCCCCCUUCCCUACGUGCAGCGUCCCCGCUUCCCUACGCUAA